AGGAGUAACAGGAUUUCGAAUCGAUGCACCGACUUGUUUCAUGGAAGAUCCUCAACUCCGAGAUAAUGCCGAAGUGGGUCCAGAUGCGACAGUUUUCAAUGUAUUCGAUAUGUGCGAACAGACUUUCAAUCAUCCUGAUACAUUUAAAUUUGUCAACGAGUUGAAUUUGUUUUUACGACAAUACGAUCGAAAAAGUGGAAAACAAACUCAAACGUACGUAUUUAUUUUUUCCCCCUUUUGUGUCUGGGGUUUGAUUAUUCGUGAAAUUUACCUCAAUUUAUUUAUUUAUUUAUUUAUUUAUUUAUUUUUCAAAAUCAGCCUUUUUACAGUUUUAGGGUAAAAAAAUGAGUUUGUUGAAAAAUGAGUUUUCAGGCUAUCUUCAAUUUCUUCAAAAUUUUAUGACUCGAGCACAAAUCUGACGAAUCUCUUCUCAAGAAAAUUUAAAUUUUGUAAAUUCAUGGGCCAAUUUAGCUUUUAGUUCGCGAAAAAAGAUUAAAAAUUACCUAAGAUUGAUAUUUCAUCCAUCCCAACAGGCCACUGAUCGGAGAAACCUACGGAGUGAUUUCCAACGUAAUGAAAUAUUACGGAACAAAAAGCUUCCCAGUGUUCCAUUUACCAUUCAAUUUUCUCCUCACAACUCUAACCACGUAUCUGGACGCCAAAGAACUUCACGAUUUCCUCCACACUUGGCUGGAUGCAGUACCCAAAGGCAUGCCUUCCAAUUGGGCUCUUGGCAAUCACGACUAUGGCAGAAUCGUACGAAACUUGGACACAGAAUACAAUUUCAUCUUAUUAGCCCUGGUUUCCAUGCUACCCGGAACAGCAACAUUAUACUAUGGAGAAGAACUCAGCUUAGGAGCAAAUCACCUGGUCCCCAUUAAGGAUCCUUACGAUAGGUUUUUCCAUCGAUCACCGAUGCAGUGGGAUGACACCAGAGAUGCUGGUUUCACUUCUGGUGAAAAACCUUGGCUACCAGUUCACCCGAAUUACUGGCGUGUCAAUGUUCAAACUCAAAAGGCUCAAGAAAACAGCACCUUGAACUAUUUCAAAGAUCUAAUGUCGCUUCGAAAAACAGAUAUCGCCAAAUAUGGCACUUUGAAAUUUUACAUCGUAUCGAAAUGGGUGCUUGGUAUAUGUAGAACCUACAAAGGAGCCAGUUACAUUACCAUAAUGAAUUUGGGAACCGAGACUCAACCUUUAGAUUUGCACGCUGAUAUGAAUAAUCUGUCCGAAUACCUGACUGUGGUAGCCUCGAGUCCUAAUUCUGGGUAUAAGAAAGGCUUCAAGUUGAAAACGAUGCCUAACUAUCCGUUAACAUCAGUUCUCAGACCACAUUCUGUAAUUAUAUUGAGUACAAAAUGAGUUAUCUCACGGAAUGACCAAGUCUUCACAUUAUACCAAUCAUAAAUUACUCGUCUUCAUCGAUGAGCACGUCUUCAUUUUGACAAACAACAACCAACUUCGUUCGUUAGCAUACCUAAUAAAAAGUAUAAUCCAAACAGUCGCGGAGUAGAUUACAAAAUAACAAAAUUUUCAAGGAUAUAAUACAAUAAGUUGAAUUCCCUCUUCCUUCCUUCCUUCAGCUCAGACCGAAGGAAUUAUUCAUUUUAUUAAAUUUUAUCAAUUUACUUAUUGCAACAUAUUUUAAUUCUAAUGUUUAUCAGAUUUUAAAAAAAAUAAAUUUUGUAAGCUAAAUGUUUUUAAAAUAUAAAGUAAGUACAAAAUUUCCAAAAAUUCUUAU